AAACAUUGAUACAAGUGGUUGCUUUUCAGGCAUUAGUUAGUUGCAAGUUACCUCAACAAGAAUACAGUCUUGACAAUGGAUGGUUUCGGUGAUAAUUUUGUCCCAAAUGGAAAUGGUUUAGUUGAUCCUGCAGCGGAGUUCUUGGCUCGGGAGCAGGAUGAACUGGCUGGUCUGGAAGAUCCUCCACAAAUUGCUCCUUUUGCAGAUGUAGCUCCUGAUGCUGCAAUUGCUGAAGCUGAUGCUCUGCAACAAGCUGCUGAUGAGGCAAACUAUGCUGCUGCUGCAGCUGCCGCAGCCUCUGGAGCUGAUGUGAUGGGAACACCAUUGCGCACACCUGAGAGAGUCAUGACACCAGUGCCUCGAGUUGAGCCAGAGGCAAUCAAGAUUUGGCGGGAGGAACAUCAACGCAAACUUGUGAUGAAGGAUGAGGCAGAGGAGGAAGCAAAAGAAGCUCUACGGGAGAAGGCUAAGCAGGAGCUGGCCGACUGGUACAAGCAGCACGAUGAGCAGGUCGCUAAGACACGCCAGGCUAACAGGGAGGCCUGCAAGAGUGCAGAGAAGGAGCUGGUGGCGGACACAGAGCGCCCAGAGCCAGGCACCGAGUGGGAGCGCAUUGCCAAGCUCUGCGACUUUAACCCCAAGACGGCCAAGAGCAGCAGGGAUGUGUCGCGCAUGCGCUCCAUCAUCCUGCACGUGAAGCAGAGCCCGCCUCUUAAAGCCUAAGUCAUCUCGACGCCGUCUGUCCCUUUACACUAUUAUUGUUUCAUAGUGGUUAAUAUUGAAAGUGAACACGCUUUAUUUAUUGUCAGUCCGCCUCUCAAAAUCCAAUCAGCCUGUGUCGCAACAGAAUUUGAAAAGCAGUGCAAUUGUGCCAAUGAACCGACAUAGGAGACAGUUUUGUUUGUAGACGAAUUCUAGUUAUUCAUUGGUCUUACAGUCGGUCCCUUACCAGAGUGCUUCUUUGCUCAGUAUAAAUUACCAUCAGUUCUUUAGCUUCCCCAAAUUUGUUGAAUGUCACAACCCACAACUUGACAAGCGUUAAGAAGUUGUUUCAAGAAACCCAUUCUAUCGAUUGCAUCCUUAAACGUGAGAUUUGUUUUAAUGAUAGGUGUGAUCCUGCCAUUAGAUUUUUUCUUUGGGUAUUUACGAAUUUUUACCCGUUGAAUUAGGACUUGACUGAAGCUAUAUGUGUUACAAAGUAGGCUGCAUAACCACUUUGAAAAUGUUUUUGGAUAAACUUGAGGUUUACGAUGUCCGAGUGUUCGCAAUGUAUCAAUUAGCUUUUUUUACGUAAUCUCUGGUUAAAAAUGUUAAUCUCUGGGUAAAAAUAUAGUUUCAAUAUUCAUUUUUAAUUGGUCUAAUAGCGUUUCUGAAGUUUAAUUUACUGGCUCAGUUGGUGGUAUUGCUGGCAAGAUAUCCACGAUAAUCACACAAUGACUGCAGUCCAUUUCUAGGAGCAACGGUGUUCCGUUCUAUUUAUUUAAUAUACUGGAAUCUAGCGAGUUCUCUAGCCCUCAAUUUUUCGUAGAAGAUUAUAAUGUUUUCCGUGAGCUACAUUUAAGAUUCAAUUGAUUCGAACUCGUAUCGAUUUUUGUGUGCUGCAAUCUUGUUCAUAAAAAAGCAAGGUUGUCUCUUCAUUGUUCUUUUAGUUUGAAAUAUUCCGUUUGCUUUGCAUAUUUAGGGAUUGAAAUUAGCAAUGUAACUUAUACAUACCAAUAUCCCCUUCGAUGUUACUAAAAUUCUAUCUGAACUGUGAAACGUAGGAAAUUUUUUUUGAUGGACGAUCCAGUCGCUUUUCAAAUUGAUUCAAUUCGUCUGGAAUUAAUUCAUAUUCAUACACCACUCGGCCCUUCAUCAACAUUCUACGUGCAACUAAUGAACCGUGCGACUCGUAUAAGGCUUAUAAGGGUAGUUCAGUGAUGAGUCAAAAUAAUAACGAAUCUUUAUUUUGCGUGAUCAUCAGCUCAGUGAAUUGCAUGAUCGAUUGUUUUUUCUGAAACUUGUUAUUUUGGAGCCGCUUUCCUAAUAUUGAAGUAUAUUUUUAGUUUAUCUCUUAGAAAAUAUCCGUAGAGUUAAUUUCUCUUAUUACCGCAGAGAGGAGCUAAUAGUCUGUCUUGUUAGCAUAGCAGUUGUAUUGCUUAGCACGGCAAGUACAGAUUUAUAACAGGUCA